AUGCAGGUGUGUUCUUUGUUUUGUUCAGCCUUUCUCAAUUAUAUUCUAGAUGCUAUUCAGUAGAUGGCAAAAAGCUCGCAAAGAAGUGAUGGAGUGCGGAAAGAGUCAAAGAAAGGAACUCUCGGUGAUCCCGUCUAAACUCUCUUUCUACUAUUUCUACAACGGAGAACUGUGCAAAGCGGUCGUCUGUCUUCUGGAUUAUGUGGAACUCGUUCAAGAAGACACUCUGGCGAUGGAAGCUGCCAUUCGUUGGAUGAUAUUUCUCGGCGAAACCGAAUUGGCUGAAAAAAAGAUUAAAAAGUGGAAAAUCGACGUCAGCUCAAAAGAAUUAGUCGAGGCGACAAAACUCGGAAUAGGAUACAUUAAAGCGAAGGAAUUGCGAGAGGAAAACAUGAAAAAACUAAUCACUUUGCGAGACAAAGUCCGGCAGGAUAACGUCCGAUCGUUCCCAGGAUACGAACUUUCAUCCUACUUGCAUUGGAUCUGCUCAACUCUGAGCAACGUCCCUGUCACCUGGAAUCUCGAAGGAAUUGAGGUGAAGAGCUCGUUCUUUGCAAAUUCUAUUUUUCUUUUCAGUUCCCAGACCGUCUCUCACAACUUCAAGAGGCAACUGCAAAAGCCGAUGCGAUAAUCAGAAAUCGUGUUCCGGGUCUCGCCACAUAUCAGUUCGACAAUUCGGUCAGCGCGUCCAUUUGGCCGUUCCUCGAAGGAAAACAUCACGGAACCCCGACGGAAUACGGUUUAUUAUCUGCUUUUUUCCUUGGUUACUUCCUUUUUUGCCAUUUCAGUUCAUCUGGGCAGUGCAAUCGCGUGGCACUUUGAAAUGCGUCGAGAGUGGGCACUUGUAAACAUCUCGACGGCACAGGGUCGUGAUUCCGUGUCAGCAAUGAUUUUGAAUCUUCGAACGGCUCUCAAAUCGGUCUCGCUCUUCCGCAUCAUCCAAGCGGCUAAUGGAAUGGCCUACUACACGUCGGUUGUCGGGGAACCAGGAUCCGACGAGAAGCUGAAGAUCAUGAAAGCCUCGUGUCUCAACUUGUGCUCCACUCAGCCGAUCAUUGUGCACUGCAGUACUCCGAUAAAAAACAACGUUCCUUCGAGAGCUCAAACGCCGUGUUUCGGACGGAAAAGUGCGCCGCCCGUGGAGUGCGACACGCUCGUACAAGAAAUCACCGACCAGAUGGCCGAGCUCGAGCUGUAAGCGAAGAGUUCUCCUUCAGUUCACCGUUUUUCGCUUUCAGGAUCAGUGAGCAGCCGUUCCAUCCCAUCACGAGUUCGUGCGAAUGCGCCGUCUGUUUGCAGUAUCAGACGAGCAGCACUUUCGCUGCCGAAUAUCAGUUUGCCUACAGUAUUUACUCGGAUUUUUCCCAGGAAACUAUUAAGCAAUUCAAUGCUGAGUUUAUGAAGAUUCGCGAGAGAGAUAUGAUGUGCCAAGCACUGAUGCAUCGGGAUAGUUCGGUGAGACCGGUAUGUUCAGAAAUACUUGAAAAACAAGAAACGGACUCAAUUUCAGAGACCAAAUGUGAUUCAGAAUGAGGUGUUCGGAUUGUGUGUAAUUCAGUGGCUGAUCCGGAAGAUCGAUGCGAAGAAGCCGGCCGAUGAAGAUAGUCUCGAAAUAUUCAAAAAUGCUCUGAAGAUUGUCAAGUAUCUCCCUGGCCGUCAUGCCGAUCUCUUCCUCGCCGUCGCACAAUUAGGUCGCCAACUAGAAUUCCCGCAAGACUUCAACUACAGCUGGAUGCAGCCUGUUGUCAGAAAACCACUCGUCAAAGUAGGACUUCUGAAUGCGGUACAUCACCUUUGUCUGAUAUGGUAAACCACUUUUCAAAUGCAGGUUGACCUGUUCCGUGCUGUCUCUCCGUUUGGCCGUCGUGAAAAGUCUGCUGCCGAAGAGAGUAAACCUGUCAAUGAGCAGCGAUUCGAAGCUGCCAAACUGGCGAUGCGAGAUGAAAUGCGUCGAUACGGCCAUGUUCUUUAUCGGUGAGAGCAUACCUCUUCCUCCUUCUUUAUGUUUAUUUCUUUAAGAGAAUGGCGUUGCCGGAUGUUCCCGUACAUCGGACGAACUUCAGACAAUCCGUGGGAAGCCGCUUACGCUUGGGCUGAAUCGACGUCGAUCGGAUCCCGAAACGCAGUUCAGUCAAGACUUGAGAGGUGCCGAAAAGGACUGGUCACGAUAUCCGGACCGAAUAGAUUCAAAAAGUGCGUGGAAGCGAUGCCGGACGACAUGACACUGGUGCAAGUAGCGAUGGCCGACAACAAGCAGAUCUACCUGAUCAAGUUGCAUGCGGACCGCGAACCGAUCAUCAUGCCGCUGGCCCAUUUCUCCCAAGCAGUGGAACUCAUGGACAAGUUCACUUUUCUAUUGGAAGAGGACGAGCGAAUUGCGAAGUAUCCGGGUGAAAUGUCUCCGGACGACUUCUGGAAAAAACGAAAGGCUGUUGACAACCGGAUGAUGCUGUUUGUCGAAGAGGUGCAGAAGAACUUCUUGGACGUGGCAGCGAGUCUGCUGAUGCCGUCCGGAAGGCUGGGACCUGCGGCGACCGAACUUGCCGGAAAGCUUCAUAGACUUUCGAAAGGAGGACUCCACUACGGAGAAGCAAAGGUGAGAAAAUUCUAGGUUGCUGGCAAUAUAAAACACUUCUGCAGGAAUUGGUUUACCUUUCCCGCUUGAUGGACCCAAAGUCAUGGGAAAAGCUGUGCCUCCGUUUCUGUGAGAUGCGUACCAAAGAUCCAAAGUUUGCCGAGUACCUGCCGUCAUAUCAUUCGACGUGUCUCGAUACAUUGGACGAGGACAAGAAGAAUAAUAAGUCAGAGCCGGAAUCAAGCAAGAAAUACACGUACCUCGUCAUCUGCCCAGUCAGUGGUUCUGUCUUCCCAUGUGUUAACAUUUCCUUUGUUCCAGCACUUGUCCCAGUUCUGUUGGGAACGUCUCCCGAUCUUCCAUGACUUCCCAUAUGUUGGGCGUCAAGUGUCGAUACAUUCUACUUUCAGUCAACUUGAAGCAAUGAGAAACCAAGAGAAACAGGUUUGUCACCUGAUUGCACCCUCACUCACACAAUUUUCUCAUUCAGAUACCUCUUCAAAUCGAUGUACAGAACGCGUAUUACGUGCUCGAUCCCGAGAACAAUCUCGGAGAAACGAAGCGAAGAAUGCUCGAAUACAUUACCAAGUUCAGCACGUGGCAAGGAACGGUCGGAGCUGCUCCGAAUUCUUCCGAGAUCACAACGGCGCUCGCUAAAUACGAUGCAUUCUUGUAAGUUUUGAGGCGUUUACUCGUGCAAAAUCAGUUUGUCUGCAGCUAUUUCGGACACGGAUCAGGUUCUUCGGUGAUGCCAAGGUCUGUUAUCAAACACUCCACGUGCAAUGCAAUCAGUAUGUUGAUGGGAUGUGGAAGGUAGAUCAUGCGAGUUUGAUCGCUUGGUAUUCGGAGUCAUUUCAGCGUUCGCACUGUUCCACAAGCUCACGGCUUCGACGGAAAGUCUGCACUUCUAGACUACGCAAUGGCAAAGUGUCCUCUGAUUGUCGGCUGCCUCUGGACAGUGACUGACGGAGAAAUCGAUCGGUUCCUGAUGCGAAUGGUCGACGACUGCUUCGAAAAGACGCGAACUGCGACAGGAGUUGACAAGCUGCGUCAGUUGUCCGAAGCCAUGUACGAGGCCCGCUCGAAGGCGAAGCUCAAGUAUUUGACUGGCGCGGCCGUGGUCAUGUACGGUUUGCCUGUUGUCUCCAAACAGAAGGAAGUUUCCAAAAAAGAGAAUCUGCCGAUUGAAGAGGAUCGAGAAUUGGUGGAGAUUGCGACUCCAAAACGGUUAGCACAAACGCCGAAAACGGAGCGUGUUCUGAAGAAAUCACAGCAAACUGAGGUAAUCCCACAGACUUCGAUGCAUGCCGAAUCUGCGUUGAAAUCGGAAAGAAUCAAUGAGGCUGUUCCGAAGACACCAAAGCAAUCAGAACACGUUCUCAAGACAUCAGAGGAAGCGGAAAACAUCCCGAAAACUCCGAAGCAGUCAAAAGUGGCCUCCAAAAUUCAGAAAACCAACGAAGUUAUUCCGAAAACUCCGAGACAAUCCUCUUCGGCGUCGAAACUGCCGAAACAAGUUGAUCUGAAUCCGCGGACGCCACCGUGCCUGGCCGCUCCGAAAACACCGAGAGCCACGACGAGAAGUACUUUGAAGGCGGUCAUUCCGACAGAAGACGAACUGGAGAAAAGCAGCGGAAGAUCGAUGAGAACUCGUUCUUCAGCGAGAACUCCUUCGAGAUCUCGCCAAACUUGA